GAACAGCUGAACAUAUUCCAUUUGAUGAUAGUUCCAUUGAUAUAAUCAUUUGUGCACAAGCAUUUCAUUGGUUUGCAACUCACCAGACACUUACUGAACUAAAUCGGGUAUUAAAAUCGAAUGGUUUACUUAUACUUAUUUGGAAUAAUUCAGACAAUCAAGGUAUUGAAUGGGCUGAUAAUAUAACUAAAUAUGUCGAUUCAUUUAAACCGAAGGAUGUAUCACGUUAUAAAUCAAUGGAAUGGAAAGCAGUUUUUGAGAAUCAAAAUUUAUUUUCUUUGUUACAACAAAAACAAUUUAGUCAUAAACAACGAGUAACAAGAGAUUUAGUUUUAAAUCGAAUUUUAUCAACAAGCUUUGUUGCAGCAUUGCCUUCGGAUGAACAAACAAAAUUAGUUGAUAAUGUUAAAAAAAUGUUAAAUGAUAUUGAAGAAAUUCGAAAUGUAAACGAAUUUGAUAUUAGCCAUCGUACAGAUGUUUAUUGGUCUUCACCAUUAAAAUCAUCAUCGUAA